ACGCAACCCACCGCCUUUGACAACCCGGCAGCAGCUUGCCGCUGGAAGCCGGCCACACACAUGAGCCGCAGCGCGAUGACCGUCGCCUCGACGCCCGAGCUGGUGCGCGCGAUCGCUGGCUUCGUCGCCAGUGGCGUCACGCUGCGCAGGCUGCUCGAGGCCAUCAACCCCGCGGACCUCGAUGGCUCAUGGCAGAGCUUCCUCGCCCUUGUCGACGACUGGUUUGUGCGGCCCAACGACCUCUGGCCCGUCGUACAGUACAACGUUAUGUGCAAUGAGGUGACUAUCUUUGACAUCGACACGUAUUUUCAGCGCAACGAGUCCAUCGACGCCUUGCGCCGUGAGCACCCGCAUGUCCAGGACGGUGCGGCUGUCGGAUGGAUGGCGCCGGCGACUAUCAACAUUGCGAGAGGUAUAUGGACGAGCUGCACGUUGCAUCUACAGACCAAUGCGACGGCGCUCGACAUCUCCAGCUUGGCUGAAGCAUUGAUGUCGGCGCCAGCUCUGCGGGCUGUCAGCGUCAUUACCUCGCAGCUCAAGUACACGCUCCAGAUGAAUCCGCCUCUGUACGUCUUUCACGAUGAUGCCUUUCCCACGUCACUCGCGCCGGCCGUGUGGCAGAUGCUGCUCCAGUCGCACGUCGUGGACCUGCGCCUCAUCGGUGGUAGCUUGUUAGCGACCUCCGAUGGCGUCAAGUGCCUUACUCAAUGGCUGUCGACGCGACCAGCGACGCGCUUGCACUUGUCCGAUGUCAACGUCAGUGCUACCGACGCCACAGUACUCGCGACAGCACUACGCAACUGCAAUACGCUGCGGGAACUUGAGCUCGACUACGACAAGGAUCUUGUGCCAGCGUUCUUGUCGCAGCCGCUGCCACGUCAUUUGCGCCGUCUACGUCUCUUCAAGAGCGAACCGACAAGCCCGCACUCGCGAGACGUGACCUUGGCCGACCUCGAUGGACGCGGUAGCUUGGUGGUCGACGCUCUUGCCUUCGCCCGCUUGACGCACUUCUCGAUGGACGCCAGCCGUUUGAAUUUGGCCGAGGCGACAGCCAUCGUUGUCGCCGCACUCCAACUGCCACGGCUCUUGCAUCUCGACAUCUCGGGGGGCCCGCGAGGUCUCUCAGCCUGCCUGGUGUCCGUCCAACGCAGUCCACGACUCGAGGUCUUCCUCCUUCAGGAGCGCCGACGAUGA